CUUGCAUUCUGCGGACCUUCUCCGAACCUCAUGUUCAAGACCUUGAUCGCAAGUGCCGCCCGCCACGGUGGCAUCGCUACCUCUCGCCAUUUCUCAUCCGGUCCCACAAUGCACGGCACAACGAUCUUGUGCGUGCGCAAGAAUGGCAAAGUUGUUGUCAUUGGCGACGGACAAGUGUCUCUUGGUCACACGAUUGUCAAGCCGAAUGCGCAAAAGGUCCGCCGGAUCAACGAAAACGUUAUCGCAGGGUUUGCAGGAUCUACGGCCGACGCGUUCACGCUCAUCGAGCGCUUGGAGAGCAAAUUGGAAGAGUACCCUGGACAAUUGACACGCGCCUGCGUGGAGUUGGCCAAGGCGUGGCGAACGGACAAGUACCUCCGCGCGCUGGAAGCGCUCCUGAUUGUCACGGACAACAAGCAGUCGUUCACGUUGACCGGGAACGGCGACGUGCUUCAACCACACGAUGGGAUCAUCGGCAUCGGAUCCGGCGGCACGUACGCGCUGGCUGCCGCUCGUGCGUUGAUCGAAGAGCCGCACUUGUCGGCCGAAGAAGUGGCGCGACGCAGCAUGAAGAUCGCCGCCGACAUUUGCGUCUACACCAACCACAACGUCGUCGUCGAAGUGUUGGACGAAGAACCCAGUGUUGCUGCUACUGCGUCUCCCCCGGCGUAAACACGAUCCCAGUCUAUGGUCGUGAAUGAACGCGAGGACUCCUCUUCCA